CUCCACUAAACCUUGUGUCUCACACCAAAUCAUGAUCAUGAAAACUUUCAGUUUGAAUUUCAAUCUAAUUUAUUUUCAUUAUCUUUUUCUCCUUGCCCUCUUCACCUUCUACUCUACAAUCGGUUCCACACAGAAGAUUCCAAUUCCAUCAGACCCAAUUGGAGAUAUUGUGUGUGAAGUGGUACAUUGUGGGCAAGGAGUAUGCAAGGUUUCUAAUGAGACAUUGCUUGGUUUUGAUUGCGAGUGUAAUCCUGGUUGGAAGAAGAUUCCGAUUGGUCCCUUUACCUAUCCCGCUUGUGUUAUUCCAAACUGCACGGUUAAUUUCCAAUGUGAUGGAUCUGCCUCACCGCCCCCACCACCUGCUCCUGUGGUUCCUCCACCAGUGUGA